AUUUUUCAGAUUCAAGAAGGGUAGGGCGCAGGGCGGCUGGCCCCCGCAAGAAGAGAUACAAGUUAGCUACUUCCCUAGCUGAACCGAUCAGCUAUCGCAAUCAAUUGAUGUCUUCAGAUGAGAUUUAAGGAUUUACUGUGCAUUUAGUUGGUUUGACGCUAAUUCGCCGUUGGUCGUCCACACAUUACAACCCGACAAAAUGUCAGAUCCUUCGGUGGCCGACACUCGCCGGUUGAAUUCCAAGCCGCAGGACCUGACGGAUGCUUACGGCCCCCCCAGCAAUUUUCUGGAAAUAGACGUUUACGAUCCACAAAUCGUUGGAGUUGGACGGAACCGUUACACAACUUACGAAGUUCGCAUGCGGACAAACCUUCCCAUUUUCAAACUGAAGGAUUCCUGUGUGAGAAGAAGAUACAGUGACUUUGAGUGGUUAAAGAAUGAGCUGGAAAGAGACAGUAAGAUUGUAGUACCAUCUCUGCCGGGCAAAGCCCUGAAGAGACAGUUGCCAUUCCGUGGAGAUGAGGGCCUUUUUGAGGAGUCCUUCAUUGAGGAGCGGCGAUCAGGACUGGAGCAGUUCAUCAACAAAAUUGCAGGUCAUCCCUUGGCCCAGAAUGAGCGCUGUCUUCACAUGUUUCUGCAAGAGGAAAGCAUUGACCGUAACUACAUUCCUGGAAAAGUAUGAAUGAAACAAUACAGACUGCUGCACCUGCCCCAUGUACAUUUAUUUCUACAUCACGUCAAUACAAAGCCGGUGGAAAUGUCAGAACUGAUAAGGAUCAACGGUGUAGGAAAAACACAAAUAUUGCUCCUGGACAAAACUUAAAAAGAGAUCCAAUCUAUAAAUUGUUUGAUGUCGUGUCUUUAUUCAGUCAUUCCACAUACUUUAUGUACAUUAUUUGGAUUCAGAUAUCAGUGGAAAAGAAAAAAGGUUCCAUAUGUAAUUUUGUCAUAGAUAGAUUUUGACUUUUUUUUUACAAUGAGUAUUAUGUUUUCUGAAUGUCUUUUUAAUUGAUUUGAUCAAGUUUAAAAUCAGGGUAAUUUCCCGCUUUGAUUAAAGUUUUGUUUUGCUAGCGGAGACGUGAUUCUGAUGAUAACCUCCCAAAGUCGAGCAACAUGUAGCAUCAUGAAAAAGACAGUGAGAUGGUCAUUCCAGUCAAUAUAUUUCCCCUGAGUUUUAAGUUCAGACAUGCUUUCUUGAUUAGUUGUUUUAACUCUGCUGUCUUGGUUACAUUAUCAUACCUACACAUUGGCUGUGUGUUGUCAAAUCAGAUAUUGGGAAUGUUCAGUUAGGUAAAUAACCAUAUCUAAGCACUGUGACAAGCGGUUCAUUUUAUGAACAAUAUUUCAUUGUUUAAAGGCGUAAUCAGCAUCUGGUUUAUGGAGCUGAAAUAAGGCUUAUUCUGCACUUAUUUUCAGCUGAUUAAUUCUUUCUGUCAAUAUUAUUGUGAAGUGUAUUAAUACAUGUUAUCAUUGCAGUUCCACUAGGGGUGACGAGGGAACUUCUUAAUUCUGUCCACCAAUUAAAUUUCCUGCUGCCUGCUGUGUCAUGUC